CUGGAAACCCAUGAUUAGAAGCUGCCGCUUCCCUGCUUCAAUUCCUGCUGCUCAAUGACUAAAACCACUCAAUAAUUCCAGGUGAAAAUCCAAGAAUUUGCCCUUCUCCUGCCCUGCGCUUCCCCCGAGAGACCCGAACGGAUCCCUGUGCCUCGCCUGGGGCUGACCGCCGCAGCCCAUGGCUCGCCGCCUCUCUCUUCCUCCUCUCUAACAACCAGAGUCUCCUGAGCAAGGUCAGGCAAACAGGUGCUGCUAAAAUAACUUCCAGGUUGGUUGUUCCAAGGCCGGAGCACGCGGGUCAUGGAAGGGAGGCCCCAGAUGAGUGCGUGUGACCCUGCCGGCAGCGACACCGCCGGCAGCGCGGGGGCCUUGGUGCCAUGGUACAGGCUGGGUUAAUGACUUUGUUUAUACUGUUUGGGGAAUGGUGAUAAGGUCGCCCAACCCACUGGCCCCUUCCCUUGCUGCUUCAUUGAGAAAACAGCCGUUGACACGGUGCACAGAACUCCUUUGCCCCGGCCAAUCAGCCCAGGUGACGGUGGGUGGUUGGGCUUUUAUAAUGACUGCUUAAUCACAGCGCGGUCAAGGCUGUGGAGGGGUGUUUCACUCCUGGCCCGGCCUUAUAAGAGCUGGUUUGAGCGGCUAUGGGCUGGCAGAGCUGGGAAGACAGGGAGAAUCCAGCCUGCAGCGGAGGGUUCCGGAGGGAUUUUAUGUCUCUCUCCCAUCUGCUGUAGCAGGAGCUGAGUUUUGCUGAGGAUCCAGCCCCUCGGCUCGGCUAUGACCAGCAGCAGCAUGGCCAUGGACUGUGAGAGGUGCCAGUGCCACAGCGAGGACAAGCACACCGCCAUCCUCUACACCCUCCUCAGCCAGAACCUCAGCCACAGCCCAGUGCAGCAGCGCUGCCUCUGCCACCAGCACCGCACCGUCUGCCUCCGCACGCCCCACAUCACCUGCCAGGCAGCCUCCAACGUGCUGGUAAAGACCAUCAGCUUCAUGAAAAACCUCCCUUCCUUCAACCUGCUGCCCCGAGAGGACCAGCUCCUGCUGCUGGACAGCUGCUGGGUCCCCCUUUUCCUCCUGGGUUUGGUCCAGGAGAUGGUGACCUUCGAGGUGAUGGAGACCCCAGCCCCCAGCAUGCUCAAGAAGAUCCUCCUCAAUGGGCAAAGCAAAUGGCAGGAGCCUGAGUGGGCACAGCCCACACUGGCGGCUGUGCAGCGGCUGCAGUGCUGCCUCAACACCUUCUGGAGCCUGGACCUGAGCCCCAAGGAGUAUGCCUACCUGAAGGGAGCCAUUCUCUUCAAUCCUGACGUCCCUGGGCUGAGGGCCUCCCUGUACAUCAAGAGCCUCCAGCAGGAAGCCCAGCGAGCGCUUCAGGAGGUGCUGCAGCCCCUGCACCCCGAGGACCAGGGCCGCUUCGCCCGCAUUUUGCUCAUCACCUCCACCUUGAAAUCCAUCCCUCCUGCCCUCAUCACGGAUCUCUUCUUCCGACCCAUCAUCGGCAAUGCGGACAUCAUGGAGCUCCUUGCCGAAAUGCUCUGUGAGAUAACGGGCAGGCAGCUGGCUCCUGCACCGUGCUGAGGAGCCAUGCUCAGCCCCCAGCCCCAUGGGUGCUCCCCACACCUCACCAGGCGAGGAACGUGCAUCUGGGAGCAGGGCUUUAGCCUUGGACUCUGCAGGGAUUGCAGUAAGGAUGAGGCAGGAGGAUUCUGCCAGGCUGCUGCAGAGCAGGCAGAGAAACAACUCCAGUUCAGCUGGUGUUUACAGCAGCUCCUGGUCUCCGUUUCAGGAGAACAGAGCAUGGAGCAGGGCAGGUUAGAGCCCAGCCUGGUUUUUACUCAGUGAAUCCUUGAUCCCAUUGAAAUCAGUGUGCAUUUUGCUGUUAACUCCAAGUUUGUCCUCAGCUAACAGCUUGACUCUGUGGUUUUGAGGCAUGUCCUCAGCAUCACUUCCUGGUCACAAACGUGGUGGGAUUAGGUCUGGGUGAAGUCUUGCUCUGUUUAUUGUGCUUGAAAUCUUAGAACUAUUCAUGAAAGAUCUUCCUAAGGCACCAAAAGGGGAAAAACCAGUAUCAGAUCUUGCAGAGUGUGCAGAUUUCCCUCUCUGUCUGACUCCAUCUUUUCUCUUUAAUACCAUGAAAUGC